AUGACGACUCGCUAUCGUGUGGAAUACGCUCUCAAGACCCAUCGACGGGACCAAUUGAUUGAGUGGAUCAAAGGUCUUCUGGCCGUACCCUUUGUUCUGCACUCUCAGCCGACGGUCAACUAUCAAGAAUCGGGCGACGCACUCAAAGUCGUCGCUGCUGACACCCAGCAGCGCUAUGCAGAGAUUAUGCGAGAUGUCGGAGGUCUCAUCACAGAUCACAUCCGCCACUAUGCCGGUAACCAUCCGGGAAAAUCAAAGCUCAAGUUGCUAGUCCCCUCCGUUGGCACGUUCUUUACGGAAUUGCACCUGGAAGAGGCAUUCAAAUACCAAGAUAGCCGCCGAUUCAUUAGCCGCCGACGAUUUGUGGCGCCCUCGUUCAACGACAUUCGACUUAUCCUGAACUCGGCCCAGCUCCUCGGACUCGUCCGCUCCAGCGAGGUUGAGCUGGUCACCUUCGAUGGCGACGUAACUCUCUACGACGAUGGAGCCUGUCUUACGCCAGAGAACCCGGUCAUCCCCCAGAUUCUGCGUCUACUGCACCAAGACCGAAAAGUAGGUAUCGUGACAGCGGCAGGCUACUCCGAAGCGCCGAAAUACUACGAGCGCUUGUACGGCCUACUCGACGCCGUCUACGACUCAUCCACCUUGUCUCCCGCCCAGAAAGAAGGCAUUAUUGUCAUGGGCGGGGAGAGCAACUUCUUGUUCCGAUUCGACCCAAGCUCCGACUGCCGUUUGGUCUAUGUUCCCCGCAGCCAGUGGCUCCUGGAAGAGAUGCGCGCAUGGAACGAUAAUGACAUCAAAGAGCUUCUUGACUUGGCCGAGUCGGCUUUACGAACAUGCGCCGCAAACCUCAAUCUCCCGGCUGGCGUACUACGCAAGGAUCGAGCGGUGGGGGUGUACCCUGUCAACGGGGUCCGCAUCAGCCGCGAGCAACUGGAGGAAACGGUCUUGGCUGUUCAGAAUGCAGUCGAGAGGUCGGCUGUCGGCUCCCGGCUGCCGUUCUGCGCAUUCAACGGUGGGAACGACGUGUUCGUGGACAUUGGUGACAAGUCCUGGGGUGUCCGGUGUUGCCAGCAGUAUUUCGGGAAAGGGCAGCCCAUCGCCCCUUCAAAAACCCUGCAUAUUGGCGACCAGUUCUUAUCUGCCGGGGCCAACGACUUCAAGGCUCGUCUUGCUUCGACAACGGCUUGGAUUGCCAGCCCUUCCGAGACGGUCGAUCUGCUGGAUGAAUUGGAAGCAGCUGUGAACCCCUAG